ACUCUACUCUCUAGCAACCAAACUCAGGAAGCGACUAACUUGCACCCUUUAGUGCCGGAGUUAUCGAUAUCUGAUUACGCCGCGUCGACCAUUGCACUGCAAGUAACGCUGUUUCCGGGUCAAGGGUUUUCCAUCGGCAUCACCGCACACCACGCAGUUCUUGAUGGGAAUAGCUCGACCAUGUUCAUGAAAUCAUGGGCUUAUAUCUGCAAACAAGAUCAAGUCGACUCAUCUUUGCCGCAAGAACUCACGCCUUUGCUCGAUCGGAGGGUCAUCAAAGACCCCACCGGCCGAGAAACCUCUUUACUGAACCGGUGGAGCGCGGAUCCCAGCAAGAGAAACCUGAAGUUGUUGAAAAGCAACGAUGUUGAGGAUGUGAAUUUACUAGUAAGAGGUACGUUCGAGUUAACUCGUGAAGAUAUCAAGAAACUAAGAGAAAAGAUCCAAAAAGAGUCAAACCAGCCACAACUUCACCUGUCAUCUUUUGUGAUCACUUGUGCAUACGUGCUUGUCUGCAUGGUUAAAGCAAGAUCCGUGGAGAGUGAUGAUAAAGAUGUCUCUCUCGGGUUCCCUGCCGAUUAUCGGAUCCGUUUGAAUCCCCCAGUUCCCUUAAAUUAUUUUGGAAACUGCGUUGGACUACAUUUAUUUGUUGGAAAAGCGGUAGAUUUCUUGGGCGACCAAGGGAUUGCCAUGGCUGCGGAGAAGGUGAGCAAUGUGGUUAAGGAAUUGGAGAAUGGGGAACUUUUCGAGAAAGAGAAGGAGAGGAUAUCAAUGUUCAUGGGUUUAAGACCCGGAGCGCUGGUUGUAAAAGUUGCAGCUCGACCCGGUUUGGCGUUUACGGGUCGGACUUCGGGUGGGGCAGACCUAGAAAGGUGGAGAUGGUGUCUAUAGAUAAGAGUGGAGCCAUUUCUGUGGCUGAGAGUAGAG